AUGAUGCAACAAGCUGUACCGUCCCUUAUUGAGCUGCCGACGGAGGUUUUGACUCUGGUGAUAUCCUCCUGCGCAACGAGCCGGGAUAUGGUUGCAACUGCCUUGACGUGCCAUUGCGUCUACAACAUUGCGGAACCUCUACUGUUCCAGCGGCAGAUUUUGAAGAAUGACUACCACAUCGCAUUUUGGGCAGCUCGAGGAAACCAUGUGGCAACGCUGCGACGGCUGUCCCUUUUCUUCCAGCCAGAGGACCACGGCUUUAACAUUUCCUGGUACUGGAGAGGCAAGGAGGCCUAUCACAGGGGUGCCUUGGAUAAUGCAACGAGACGGCGGUUGUCCUGGUUCGGGACGCCUCUUCACGAGGCCGCAAAGGCCGGGGCGAUUGACGCGAUGCAGUUUAUGCUGAGCUACGGGGCCGACAUCAAUGCGCAGUCGCUUUGUUUCUCCGAUGGCCCGUCCGAACUAGACGAAUACUGCUGGUAUAUAGAUUUUGGAGAUCGUGUCAGUUUCGAGCCCCGUCCUCUGGUCGGGUUUACGCCUUUGAUUACCGCCAUCUUAUUCGAGCAAACUCACAUAUCAGAGAUGCUCCUGCGUCUAGGCGCUUCUGUGGAAAUCCUAUGGAUUGGCAACGGCGAGGUUUGUGGCACGACGGCGCUUCACUACGCAGCCGCUCUUGGAGAUGUGGCCGUCGUCAAAAUGUUGCUUGAGGGCGGACAUUCGGAACCGGACGCGCGUGACGGGGCUGGAUAUCCGCCCUUGAUCUGGGCAUCUUUGCACGAGAAUGGCCACUUGGCGCUGAAAACACUGGUAGACGCUGGCGCCGAUAUCAACUGCGUCGUGCCCAGCGGGUUGGCACCGGGGUAUCGCCAUUCAAUGGUGACCACCUUGACGAAGCGAGGACAUCCGGAGGCAGCUGCGAGGCUUGUCGCCCUGGGUGCAGCGGCGCAUGUCGAAGAAGAAACUCUGGUGCAAUGA